AUGCCACUCGAUGGCUUCGUCGUCGAGGUGCGCAACCUCCCGGCGGCGCUGGCGACGUCGGCGAUCGAAGAGCUGCUGCGGCAUGUCGGCGCCACCGACAUCCGCGUGCUAACGAGUCGCGGCAAGAAGAAAGCAGCUUUGGCCGCCUUCCCGAACGAUAGCAUUGGCAACGCCGCUGUGGCACGACUCAGCAAGAUGCGCCUCGCUGACCACCAGCUCCAGGCGCGGGUCCACGGUGGCGACCUCGACGCACCACCACCCACGCCGAUCUUGCCUCCGCUGCCUCCCGAGCCGACGCCAUCGACCCCAUCGACGGCGCGGCAACCGACGCCCAUAGCUCCGCAUCUGGGGCUGCAUUACCCGCCGUCGCCGCUGCUCGCGUACAAGUACCCCAAGGCGACGCCCGAGAUCGUGGCCAAUGUCGCCAACGCGCUCAUGGCCCUUCCCAAGCUGUACACGCAAGUGCUGCAUCUCAUGAACAAGAUGCACUUGCCGCCGCCGUUCGAGAAGGACGUCAUCCGCGGCCCCUUCUCGACCGACGGGCUCGCUGCCCGGGGUAAACGCCUACAUGAGGACGCCUUUCAAGCCAGCGAUGACGACGACGACGAGGACGACGACGGAGGAUGACGACAAGGUGUCAUCGGAAGCUACCGACAUGGUUCCUCCCGCCGACGUCAGUACGCGCGCUGACCAUCCCCCAGCGGUGCCCAGCCAGCGGCCACGGG